AUGGUCCUGUCGCCGCUGCCGAUCGGCGAUCGCGUCCCAGCUCCCGUUCUUGCUCCACCACGCACCCGCAGCCCCGGCUCCUCCCCAUCUCGCAUCCCGCCGCCCCCAGCGCCAAGCCUGAGAGUCGUCCGUCCCAUGUCAGACCCGGGUACGCCAGACGGCGAGGCCAGGGCCCUUCUCGCCGUCGCCGAAAACCUGACCGGGCUGGUGCUCGACGACCACGACCCCCAAAUCUUCAUCAAGGAAGAGUCGACGAGCCCCGUCGCCGACGACGACCUCUUCAUGAUGAAGGCCUUGAAAUCCCCCUCCACGAGUCCCCUCCAAAAGAUGUCGGCUAUCGCAGCGAGGAAGGCCAGCGUUGCCCAACAACGAUCCAGCAGACCCGGCGGGAAAGGGGGCUCAUCCAAGAAUGGGCAGCUCAAGGCGCCCCCGGCAGCCGGCCAGCCCGUCGUACCGCGCAAGAACCAGGACUGGGAACCAUGGAAGGGCAUCCUCUACGAGCUCUACAUCACACAGAACCGCAUUCUUCGAGAUAUCAUUGGCAUCAUGGAGACAAAACACAACGUCAGGGCAACGUCCAAGAUGUACAAAUCCCAACUGGAAAGCCGCCCUUUUCUUUGUUCUUUGCCACCCUCGGAGUUGUUCGGAACGGGACAGGGCCGCUCACGGGCCAAAGCUGAGUCGCCAAACGACCACAGCUCGGACGACUCCCUUGACAAUGCUCUUGUCCUAUCAAGAGACGAACUAUUACACGCCGACAGCGGGUCACGCAGCAUACAGUGCGGGCUAACAGCCGUCCGCCGUUUUAUCCACGGGCACGUCGAUCUGGACCCGUCCAACCUCCAGGUCGAAGAAGUCGCCGGUUUCGUCGACCCCUGCUACCGGUACUUCAAAGUCGCCAUGGAUCUCUUCGACCUCCAGGAGAACCUCGAGGGCGGUCGCGUGCUGCGCCUCGCCUUUCUACAGAUCGAGCGCAAGAUAUCCAAACCCACCAUGAAAACAUUCUCAGACCUCUGCUUCCUCGUCCCGCACCUCCUCCUCGAGUCUAACCGCCGCGACAUCCUCUCCGCAUACCUCCACUACCUCUCCCGCCUCGCCAUGGUCAAAUUCGGCAAACACCCCGUGUCGGACCUCGCCGCCUCCUUCGCCGUACUAGUCGACGACCGCCCCGACGACAUCAUGCGCUACAUCAUGCUCCUUUCCCAGCUCAACUCGGACACCAUCGCCUCCAUGCCGGGCAUGCUCGACCGCAACGCCGAGUGGGCCCGCAACCAGUACCUCGCUUGCCAGCGCACCAACAACGCCCAGGAGCCCUGGUCGUCGCCGUCCCCCACCGACGACGUCGUCAACAACCCGCGCGACCGCCACGACCACCACAUGAUCCGGCUCGAGGCCCAGAGCGUCUACUGGGCCCAGAAGCUCAUAAUGCACGACCCCACCAGCGACGAGAUGGCCGCCCAGUGGCUGCGGCGGCAGUUCACCUCGGAUUUCGGCCCCAAAUGCGAGGCCUACCUUGCCCGCCUCAAGCAGAUGGUCGCCACGGGCGGGUUCCCCGUCGUGUUUGCCCGCAUGAUGGAGUGCCUGUAUGUCGGCUGGCUGUACGAUUACUACGAGACCAUGGGCGAGUGGGACCGCGCCUUCGAGUGGGGCCUGCGGGGGCUCGAGCUGUCGACCGACGAGCAGUAUGCCAUCUGGUCGAUUCACUUGGAGGAUCUGAUGCGCCGCCAUGGUAGGCCUGAGGAGGCGGAGGGGUUGACUAGGAGGAGGAGAGAGCAUAGCUGGUUGGAGAGGGUGAGGCUGGAGGUGGAUCGGUUGGCUAUUGCUUGA